AUGCAGCAGUCUCAAGAGAACCAACAGUAUCAAAAGCUGAGGAAAAGUCAAGAGCAAGAAGAAGAGAAUGCACACGGGUACAUUGUUCAUGUGUUAAGACAAAACAGUUACCAAAAGACCCAAGAUUGUUAUAUCAACACUGUCGACAAAACCACGUCCCUUGUGGUAGCCUUUUCAUUUCAACACAUGAACAAUUUUUGCAGUAUGCCACAUAAACUGCAAGGCAAUGCAACCACACAACAAGGAAACUUUCUAUCACGUCAACCGCUUUUUCAACAUUCACAAAUCCAUCUCCUAACUUUAAUGACUCAGAACUCAUUUUCUCAAAUUAGAGUGAUAAAAUAA